AUGGAGGAAGCUAGUUUGUGCCUUGGAGUUUCUUCAGCUGUCCCAGAGGCUGAGGCCCAUCUUAACAGCACGAUCCUUAAUGGUCAGUAUUCAAUGAGCCAGAAGCUGCACCAGAUAACAUCUCAGCUCAGCCAUGCUUUCCCAGAGCUCCAGACCAGGCCUAACUCUGAAGAGAAGGCCUCCACACCCUUAGAGGAGAAGAGCCACGUGUCCAUGGGAGGCCAGCCAAUGGGCAGCCAGAUGGCCCUCUUGGCCAAUCAGCUCAAUCGUGAUGUGGACACCAGUCUGAAUGGAAGGGUGGACCUGCAGCAAUUCUUGAAUGGCCAGAACCUUGGCAUCAUGUCCCAGAUGAGUGACAUUGAGGAUGACGCAAGGAAGAAUCGGAAAUACCCCUGCCCCCUGUGUGGGAAGCGAUUCCGGUUCAAUAGCAUCCUUUCUCUCCACAUGCGUACACACACUGGCGAGAAGCCCUUCAAGUGUCCCUACUGUGACCACCGGGCAGCUCAGAAGGGGAACUUGAAGAUACACUUGAGGACCCAUAAGCUUGGAAACCUGGGUAAAGGCCGUGGGAGAGUCCGGGAGGAGAAUCGCCUGCUUCAUGAACUCGAGGAAAGAGCUAUCCUGAGGGACAAACAGAUGAAAAGCAGUCUCCUGCAACCACGGCCUGAUGUGAAGCCUCCGCCACACUCUCAGCAGCCCCCUCUGGCCAACUGUAACUUGUCUUUGCCAGUGAACCACAGCGUCCCUGACAUCUCCAAUCCAGUGCCCUCACCAAAGCCAGCCAACGUCCAAGAAGACAUGGUGGUUCCCACAGCGGGUUUCCGCUGCACAUUUUGCAAAGGGAAGUUUAAGAAGCGUGAAGAAUUGGACCGUCAUAUCCGGAUCCUUCACAAGCCCUAUAAAUGUACCCUGUGUGACUUUGCAGCCUCCCAGGAGGAGGAACUGAUCAGCCAUGUGGAGAAGGCUCAUAUCACUGCUGAGUCAGCCCAAGGCCAGGGCUCCAAUGGAAGCGGGGAACAGUCGGCCAAUGAGUUCCGCUGUGAAGUGUGUGGCCAGGUGUUCAGUCAGGCAUGGUUUCUCAAGGGCCACAUGAGAAAACACAAGGAUUCUUUUGAGCAUUGCUGUCAGAUCUGUGGGAGGCGCUUCAAGGAGCCCUGGUUCCUCAAGAACCACAUGAAAGUUCACCUCAACAAACUUUCUGUCAAGAACAAGUCUCCCAGUGACCCAGAGGUACCCGUUCCCAUGGGAGGUAUGUCCCAGGAGGCCCAUGCCAACCUGUAUUCUCGAUACCUCUCUUGUUUGCAGAGUGGCUUCAUGCCCCCAGACAAGUCCAGCCUGAGUGAACCUAAUCAGCUCUACAGCAAGGGGGACUUGCCUAUGAAAGAGAAGGAGGUUCUGGGGAAGCUGCUGUCCCCCAUCUCAAGCAUGGGCCACAGCCUCAGCGAAGGGGACAAACAUUCCCUCUUGGGUUGCCUCAACCUGGUGCCACCACUAAAGUCCAGCUGCAUAGAACGGUUGCAGGCAGCUGCCAAAGCAGCCGAGAUGGACCCUGUGAAUAGCUAUCAGGCCUGGCAGCUCAUGGCAAGAGGGAUGGCCAUGGAACACGGUUUCUUGUCUAAAGAGCAGCAGAUACAGCGCAACCAUGAAGACACUUUGGCAAACGCCGGAGUUCUGUUUGAUAAGGAGAAGCGGGAGUAUGUGUUAGUAGGAACAGAUGGCUCCAAGCAGAAAAUGCCUGCUGAUUUGGUUCACAGCACUAAAAUGGGCAAUCCGAGAGACCUGCCAAAUAAACUAGACCCUUUAGAAGGCAGUAGAGAUUUUUUGUCACAUGGUCUCAACCAGGGACUUGAUUACAACAUGCAAAGUCAUGGAAAUAUGAAGGAGAAGCCCACCGAGUGCCCAGACUGCGGCCGAGUGUUCCGAACCUACCACCAGGUUGUCGUCCACUCCCGAGUCCACAAGAGGGACAGGAAAGCAGAAGAAGAGGUCCUCCAAGGGUGCCUGGAGGAGCGACGGGGUUCUGGCAGCGACCAGGAAUCCCAGUCAGUGAGCCGGUCCACCACACCGGGCUCUUCCAAUGUUACCGAGGAGAGUGGAGUCGGUGGGGGUCUUUCUCAGACUGGAAGCGCUCAGGAAGACAGCCCACAUCCUUCAUCACCAUCUUCUUCAGACAUUGGUGAAGAGGCUGGAAGAUCCGUCGGAGUCCAGCCACCAGCUCUACUGAGAGAUAGGAGCCUCGGAUCGGCAAUGAAGGACUGCCCUUAUUGUGGGAAAACUUUCCGAACAUCCCACCAUUUAAAGGUGCAUCUGAGAAUACAUACAGGUGAGAAACCCUACAAAUGUCCCCAUUGUGAUUACGCUGGUACUCAGUCUGCAUCCUUAAAGUACCAUUUAGAACGACACCAUCGGGAACGACAAAAUGGCGCUGGGCCACUCUCUGGACAGCCUCCAAGCCAGGAUCAUAAGGAUGAGACAUCAAGCAAAGCAUCUCUGUUUAUCAGGCCGGACAUUCUGAGGGGAGCCUUUAAGGGUCUCCCAGGAAUUGAUUUCAGAGGUGGCACUGUCUCUCAGCAAUGGACAUCAGGAAUGCUUUCAUCUGGGGACCAUUCAGGGCAGGCUGUAGGCAUGACUUCUGAGACUUCUCCUGAGACUCUGAAGGGCUCUGACCUCCCUUCCAAAGGUACACAUUUUUCUGAAAUUGGACGAGCCUAUCAGAGCAUUGUAGGCAAUGGGGUCAAUUUCCAAGGCUCUUUGCAAGCCUUCAUGGAUAGCUUUGUCUUGAGCUCUUUGAAGAAAGAGAAGGAAGUGAAGGAGAAAGCCCUAUCAGAUCCACUUUCCAUGAAAGUCCAUGGACCAGAUGGUGGUGAGGAAAAAAAUAGUGGAAAAUGCUCCCAGAGGAAAUCAGAGAAAUCUCAAUAUGAACCCCUGGAUUUGUCUGUAAGGCCAGAUGCAGCUUCUCUCCCAGGCUCUUCGGUGACUGUUCAAGACAACAUUGCAUGGCAUGGCUGCUUGUUUUGUUCUUUUACGACUUCAUCAAUGGAAUUGAUGGCCCUUCAUCUCCAGGCCAAUCACUUGGGCAAAACUAGACGUAAAGACAGUGCUUUGGUAGCUACAGGAAAUGGCAAGGACCAAGCCAGGGAAGUGAGCAAAACUGGCUUGCUCCCUUCUACAGUACAAUCUAGCAAAGAGGUAGGAAUCUCCAAUGUGAUUACCCACCUUGACUCUACUUCUGAGAAGAUGACCCAAGGUCACGGCAAAGAGACUUUGGGAGAACAAAAGAACUCUGCCUGGUCUGGUCAUAUGGACCCGCCAUUUUGCAACUUUACUUCAGACUUCUACAAACAAUUUGGGGUUUACCCAGGAGUCAUGGGCUCAGGAUCCUCCUGUGCUAACAACGAGUCCGAAGGCAAAGUGCAGCCUGAAGAUGACUCAACGAUCCUGCUCCCUGAGUCUGUGAACAAAAAUGCUACUGACGACCUGUCUGAUAUUGCCUCAUCUGAAGACAUGGAAUCUUCCAAGGAGGAAAACAAUGAAGAGGAGGAUAUUGAGACAGAACCUGAAAUCAUGAGCAAACCAUUAUCUGUCCUUAACAAGGAUAGCAGCAAUGAUGGAGGAGACAGCCUCCCCAACACCGUUGCCUCCCAGCCGGCCCAAGGACUUGUCUCACCUUUGCCCCAAACGUCCGAGAAGCAGUGGCAUGGCCCAAAUCUUCUUCCAUCCCAUGACACCUCCACAGGGGUGAUGAAAGCAGAACAGAUCCCAGGACCCCAGGUCCUGGAGAAGCAGAUGAACAUGUUGUCAGUCCUAAGAGCCUAUAGCUCUGAAGGCUUAGCAGCCUUUAAUGGACUUUCGAGUAGCACAGCAAGUAGUGGAUGUGUCAAGAGACCAGACUUGUGUGGUCACAGGCCUUUCCAGUGCAGAUAUUGUCCAUACAGUGCCUCUCAGAAGGGAAAUCUGAAGACCCAUGUUCUUUGUGUCCAUCGCAUGCCUUUUGACAACAGCCAGUAUCCCGAUCGCAGGUUCAAGCGCUCCAGAGUUGACUCCGAGGCUUCUGGGAAUUUAGAGGAACCUGCAGCUGUCAGACCCGGGAGCUCAGCAGAGCUAACGGAGGUGGGCAGCAAGACCCAGGAGUAA